GCCAGCAACAACCUACUCUACAAUCCAACUGUUGCGGGAACGCCUUUUCCUGCCAACGUCUCUUUUGAUUGGUGGGUUUUAUGGUCAUUCAUGACGCUGUUUAUACAGCUCUGACGCAAUACGACCAUGGAUCCCCGGCAAUGGAGCAUUUUUACACGAACACAGCGAAGAUUCAGCUUUUUAAACAUGGCCGCUGAUACGACUCCGUCCCUGUACUACAAAUACCAUGCCUGUACAGUAUGUGGCGCUAUGCCACCCACCCUCUAACUGGCGUAUAAAGCUUGCGAUAUAUAUAUACUAGAACUAAACUAAGAGAAGCACGAAAAGUCGGAGAUAGCUAACUGUAGCACACCAAAUAACCGAAUUAGCUUCUCCCGCACGGCCGGAAGUAGCAUGCUCUCCGCCAUUGUUGUUAUUGUGUCGCGUUAAACAGGGUUACAGAAAGGCGGGCCGACACACGUAGGCAAGAGUUUUCAAACUUCUUCACUCUGUGCGGCGUGUUCGGAGAGCACAGAAUUCUCCGCCCGAAAAACACUAGGUGUCCUGCUCUUGUCUGUGAGUUUGUUGCUCUUGUCCCGCUCUGGUUAGAUAUGUUUAUAAAAAAGUAAAAGCGCAUGCUGUACUGUUGCCGUGUUGAUAUGAGAGGCAGCCGCAUCCAGACGCACUGGCCGCCGCUGGUUAAUGCACCCCACCUUCUCCCCUCGUCCACCUCCUCUCUUCUCUCCCACCCCUCCCUCACAAUCUCUCACUCUACUCCACUCACUCACUCUCUCCCCUGCUCCUCCUCCUCUGCCUUCACCCGGUGUUGGUUGUGCGCAAAACCUCCAGCCCCGGACUCACAGAUGCAGUUUGACGGCAACAAACGAGCGAGAGCGGCACUGCAGGAGGAGUAACAUCCGUCCGUCCAUCCAUCUGAGAGAGGGGAUUGAGGGAGAGCAAGGGGGGAGAGAGAGGAAGAGCAUCCAGAAGACAGGCAUGGAUAUUUGAGGGACAAUUCCACACAUGUUUUUUCUUUUUACCCCUUUGGUUUUUUGUUGUUUUAUUGGAGAGCCCGUCAUGUCGCGGUGUUAUUGAAAGCUGCUCGAUGUCUCUCAUCAGUUUAUAACCGAGACAAAAUGAGGAUUUCUGCAGUAGACUGGUUUCUGUUGAUAUUCUCCGGCUUUUGGGCACUGACGAUGGGAGCUUUCCCGAGCAGCGUUCAGAUCGGUGGUCUGUUCAUCAGGAACACUGAUCAGGAGUACACAGCCUUUCGUUUGGCGAUCUUCCUACACAACACAAGCCCGAACGCCUCUGAAGCCCCCUUCAACCUGGUCCCUCAUGUGGACAACAUUGAAACGGCCAACAGCUUUGCCGUCACCAACGCCUUUUGCUCCCAGUACUCCAGAGGCGUGUUCGCCAUCUUCGGCCUGUACGACAAGCGCUCCGUCCACACGUUGACGUCCUUCUGCAGCGCCCUGCACAUCUCCCUCAUCACGCCCAGCUUCCCCACCGAGGGCGAGAGUCAGUUCACGCUGCAAAUGCGGCCGUCCAUCAGAGGAGCCCUGCUGUCCCUCCUGGACCACUACGACUGGAACAAGUUUGUCUUUCUGUACGACACAGACAGAGGAUAUUCCAUCCUGCAGGCCAUCAUGGAGAAGGCUGGACAGAACAACUGGCAGGUCAGCGCCAUCUGUGUGGAGAACUUUAACGAUGCCAACUACCGGCGACUGUUGGAGGAUCUGGACCGGAGACAAGAAAAGAAGUUUGUGAUCGACCUGGAGGCUGAAAGACUGCAGAACAUGUUGGAACAGAUUGUCAGCGUUGGGAAACAUGUGAAAGGCUACCAUUACAUCAUGGCCAACCUGGGUUUUAAGGACAUCAACCUGGAGCGUUUCAUGCAUGGCGGCGCCAACGUGACAGGGUUCCAGCUGGUGGACUUCAGUAACCCCAUGGUCAUCAAACUGAUGCAGCGCUGGAACAAGCUGGAUCAGCGGGAAUAUCCUGGCUCUGACGGUCCACCAAAAUACACCUCAGCGCUAACGUAUGAUGGGGUUAUGGUUAUGGCCGAAGCCUUUAGGCACCUGCGCAGACAGAAAGUGGACAUUUCCAGACGAGGGAAUGCAGGUGACUGUCUGGCAAACCCUGCCGCCCCAUGGAACCAAGGCAUCGACAUGGAACGUACUCUCAAACAGGUCCGGUUGCAGGGAUUAACAGGUAAUGUCCAGUUUGACCACUAUGGCCGAAGGGUCAACUACACCAUGGACGUGUUUGAACUGAAGAAUAAUGGACCUAGAAGGAUCGGCUACUGGAAUGAUGCAGACAAACUGGUGUUGAUCCAGGACUCUCCACUGCUCCCUAACGACACUUCUGGCAUAGAGAACCGCACUGUUGUGGUGACGACCAUCAUGGAGGGUCCUUACGUGAUGCUAAAGAAGAACUGGGAGAUGUAUGAGGGCAACGACCAGUACGAGGGCUACUGCGUGGACUUGGCCUCGGAGAUCGCCAAACACAUUGGCAUCAAGUACAAGAUCUCCAUCGUUCCUGAUGGGAAAUAUGGCGCCCGGGACCCAGAGACGAAGAUCUGGAAUGGAAUGGUCGGGGAGCUGGUGUACGGGAAAGCGGAAAUCGCUGUGGCCCCUUUGACUAUCACGUUGGUCCGGGAGGAGGUGAUUGAUUUUUCUAAGCCCUUCAUGUCGCUGGGCAUCUCCAUAAUGAUCAAGAAGCCCCAGAAAUCCAAACCGGGGGUGUUCUCCUUCCUGGACCCGUUGGCCUACGAGAUCUGGAUGUGCAUCGUGUUCGCCUAUAUCGGCGUGAGCGUGGUGCUCUUCCUGGUCAGCCGCUUCAGCCCGUACGAAUGGCACACCGAGGAGCCCGAAGAGGGCACUGACGGUCCGCCUAGUGACCAGCCUCCCAAUGAGUUCGGCAUUUUCAACUCGCUCUGGUUCUCCCUGGGCGCCUUCAUGCAGCAGGGCUGUGACAUCUCUCCCAGGUCUUUAUCAGGGAGAAUCGUAGGAGGUGUGUGGUGGUUCUUCACCCUCAUCAUCAUCUCAUCCUAUACAGCCAACCUGGCUGCCUUCCUCACUGUGGAGAGGAUGGUUUCUCCCAUCGAGAGUGCUGAGGAUCUGGCCAAACAGACAGACAUUGCUUAUGGUACAUUAGACUCUGGAUCCACCAAGGAGUUCUUCAGGCGGUCAAAGAUCGCUGUCUAUGAGAAGAUGUGGGGUUACAUGAAGUCAGCUGAGCCCACUGUCUUCACCAAGACCACAGCAGAGGGCGUGGCCCGGGUCCGAAAAUCCAAAGGAAAAUACGCCUUCCUGUUGGAGUCCACCAUGAAUGAGUACACGGAGCAGCGCAAGCCCUGCGACACAAUGAAAGUGGGAGGAAACUUGGACUCCAAAGGCUACGGAGUAGCCACUCCCAAGGGUUCACAGUUAAGAAGUGCAGUUAACCUGGCAGUGUUAAAACUCAAUGAGCAAGGCCUGUUGGACAAAUUGAAAAACAAGUGGUGGUACGACAAAGGAGAGUGUGGCAGCGGAGGCGGUGGCGAGAAGGACAAGUCAUCCCAGGCCCUCAGCCUAAGCAACGUGGCGGGGGUCUUCUACAUCCUGGUGGGGGGCCUGGGCCUGGCCAUGCUGGUGGCCCUCAUCGAAUUCUGCUACAAGUCACGCAACGAGGCCAAAAGAAUGAAGCUGACGUUUACUGAAGCCAUGAGAAAUAAAGCGCGUCUCUCCAUCACGGGCAGCGUAGGAGAGAACGGACGGGUGUUGACCCCCGACUGCCCCAAGGCCGUUCACGCCGGACCACCUCUACGACAGAGCUCCGGCCUGGCCCUUGUCUCCUCUGAGCUCCCUUAAAAACCAAAAACCUCUCAAGUGCCUUAAAAACUCCAACAAGAAUCUACGGAUUUGCCAAUGAAAACUACCCACAAAGAACAGGAGUCACACAACGAGUCACCUCCAACAGGGGGGGGCAAAACAGGUGAGGACCGAGGAGCUGGAAAAGAGUUCUGGGUAACGGAGGCCUCCAAAAUCUAACUGUGACGAGACCAGUGGCAGGAUUAACUUUGACUUUUAGGCUCAUGGAAAUCGACUGGUGAAACUCUAGCGAGAUAACACGGAGGAGCAGAGCAGGAGCAAUACAGUAAUAUAUCAUCAUUUAUGAUAACCAAUAAUGAAGACCAGAAAACUGUCAACAUGAAACUGUGCAUUUUUAAUGGAAGGAUCGCUGUGAAACAACAAGAAAAAAACUGAACCACAAUCACAAUUUUUCUGCUGUUUGCAGAUGAUGAACAGCGUUAAAGAGACAAUUCUAGAUAUCAAUGCUGGACAUGCUGUAGCUGCAGCACCACCAAGGUAUUUGUACUUAUAAUAACGAAAAUCAAAUCUGUGAAUAUACCUGCAAAAUAGAAAACUGUGAAAAUUAGUAAAUAUGUAUAUUGGGUAUAAAAAAAAAGUUAAAGUGUAGCUGUACAUAUGGAGGACGGAGUAACAUGCUUGCUUUUCUUGAACACAUGUACAGAUAGAACAGUUACUGUAUUCCACAACAUUUUUUUUUUUUUUCAUCUUUACAAAUGUAUUUGAUUGCAAUAAUGAAAGAUGUUGACAGAAAUACAAGGCAUUUUUUUAAGGUAUAGUUCAGGAUUUUUUCCCCCCCAAAAUGUGGUUGUAUUAUUAAUUAAAAAACGUCACCACUCUUUUCAAUAUUUUGUUUUUCAACUGUGUACCUUUUGUUUACACAAAGUUUUUUUUUUUUUUUAAACUUGUUGAUUGUUGGCUUUAAGAUGUCUCAUAACUAAUUUUAUUGACUACAAAACAGUUACCUUUUCAGCAUUUCCAAAUACUUUUGUUCUGUCCUUGACUUUUUUCGACUAAUUUUGCCCAAAUUUUAGUAAUCGUGAACCAAACUUUAAGCAUUUGCAAUUUUUCAAAUUAUUUUUGGGAGACAUGAUUAAGCUACAUUUUGCAAUGUUUUUUUGUGUAGCAAUGUUUUGUGCUAAUUGUGAUUUCACAAUUUAUUUGCUACCUUUAGCUAGUUUAGUUUGGGGCAAACUAAAAGUCAACUUUUAGCUUUUAGUUUUUGGACAAACAUGUUCAUUUCUAAUAGCUCUAAUCCAUCUUCUAAUCCAUUGUUUUUAGUUUAUUAAUUUUGGCUAACCAAAUAUUAGCUCAUGUAAAUCUAUAUUUUUGCUGGCAAAUUUCAGUUUUUGCUAUGUUAGCCAUCUGAUUUAAUUUGGCGUCUUAGUUUUUGUUUGCUCACUUUUCUAUACGUUUUACUAACUUUAUUAUUGGUAAAUGUUAGUUUUUGGGUGCUAUCUGUUAUCCAAUAUUUGACUUUAUGAUUGCUGGCCUUAUUUUCUGUUAACUCUUGCAUAUUUUAAAUCCUGGUUUCCCAUAUACUACGUAGCCAAAAUACAUCAAUAAAAACUUAAAUAACUGAGAAAGAAUAG